AUGAUGGGUGCUAAUAUUCUCCCUCUGCCAGCGCAGUUAUCUUCGCGGUCGGCCUCUAGCAACCCCACCCCGCACUCGGAGUUCACAGGGCCUCCGUCGCUAGGAGUAUCAAUUUCCAAUCUCAUCACACGGUCGGCUCGUCGCCACACGGUGUGUAUCGAAAAUCAGAACCCUAAACGGAGUCACCGGGACUCAAUCUUCAAAAAACUGGCGGGUCCACGUGAAAACGCAAAGCGAUUCCUUCGCUUGCGGUCGUCUGGAAUUCAGGCGCCUUUGCAACGUCCUUCCCGUAGUGUCCGACCAGUUUCGGAGAUUAUAUUCUCGCCGAUAUCGGUCGACUUGGAGGACGAGAUGCGAUCGGAUUCAUCAUCUACCGAGGUACUGCCUCGCCCAGUACCUGAACACCACACUGUGACUACCGAUUCUACCACUCCAUUUACUCCCUUGCGAAAUGAGAAGAUUGUAGCCACUGGGAGUGGCAUUUCUGUUGGUAUUGCCCUCACAGAACCCGUUCUUUACUUGCAGGGUUAUGAUCAGCAAGACCCAACCAGUAAAAAGUCCGCAAUUCUGCGGGGACAAAUGCAUUUGAAGGUCACCAAAUGUGUCAAGAUCAAGAAGAUCUCGAUCUGUUUCCGCGGCCAUGCCCAGACUGAUUGGCCAGAUGGUAUUCCCCCUAAGAAGAUUCACUUCCAUGACAAGAAGGAUCUCUUCACGCAUGGUGUGGUUUAUUUCAACCACGGUGACACCGCACUCAUGCAGAAUGACUAUGGUGCGCAUUACUAUCAUCAUGCCAAACCGAUAUCAUCUGUGCCGGGAAAGGAGGGAGUGACGAUGACAACUCGAGAACUAUUUUCUAAUCGCAAUUCUACCGCCACACUUGCCAUACCAACCUCCCGAGAAACCAAACGACUUUCUCUACAAUCCAACCGAGGGCAUUCGCGCAGCUUCAGCAAGAACGAACCCCCAACUUCCCAACCCCAGCCCCAGCGAAAUUACCGCAUGUUCCCCGUAGGCGAUUAUUUAUACAGCUUCGAGUUCCCAAUCGAUGGAUCAUUGCCAGAGACGAUCAAAACGGAUCUGGGGUCUGUGAAAUAUGACCUGGAAGCAAUGGUGGAACGGUCAGGCGCAUUCCGACCCAAUCUCCUCGGCGCCAUGGAAGUCCCCGUGAUUCGUACCCCUGCUGAGGGCUCAUUGGAGCAAGUCGAGCCGAUUGCGAUUUCGCGGAACUGGGAAGACCAGCUUCACUACGACAUCGUCAUCUCGGGGAAGUCCUUUCCGCUAGGUUCACAGAUCCCGAUUGCGUUCAAGUUGACCCCACUGGCGAAAGUAGAGUGCCACCGAAUCAAGGUCUUCGUGACGGAGAAUAUCCAGCAUUGGACGGCAGAUAAGAGCGUGCACCGGUUGCAACCAGCAAAGAAGGUGUUGCUUUUCGAAAAACGAGCAGACUCAUCCAGUGUGAGCACGUAUCCCGGCAGCUCCAUGCGUGUCACCGCAGGUGGCGGUAUCGACUGGGACCACCGCGCUGCCGCCGCAAGGGGGCAAGAGAUUGUGGAUCGGAAUCGGACGAAUCUUCUAGGCAAUCUGUCCAAUGAUUCUGGUGUCGGUCCAACGGAGAUGGAAUUCAACGUGCAACUGCCAAGUUGCCACGAAAUGAAGGGCCGGGACGAGGGUCAGCGGCUGCAUUUCGAUACCACAUACGAGAACAUUCAGAUCAACCACUGGAUCAAAAUUGUCCUCCGUCUAUCCAAGGUCGACGAAAGAGACCCCACAAAACGAAGACACUUCGAAAUCUCCAUAGACUCGCCAUUCCACAUCCUCUCCUGCAAGGCCACCCAGGCCAAUAUCUACCUACCAGCCUACACAACCCCAACCGAAGAGCUAGUCCCCCCAACCCAAGAAUUCGAGUGCGGAUGUCCCGGUGCACCCCUCGCACCCCGAGAGCAAGUCAUCGCCCCAGCGACGUCUGAUCGUGAAGACAGCAACCCUACACUAGGACCCAUCGCCCGCCGCGGCUCAACAGGCCACACCUUCUCCCGCAGCUUCACAAACGACUCUGGCGGCCUCGCCCGGCCCCCACAAGCACACCUCGCAACACCACCAAACGACCGCGACACACCCAUUCCACCUCGCCCAAUGCAUCUGCUCCGUGCGCCGUCCUACGCGCCCCCCGCUUUCGAGGACGUCCCUCCCGCGCCACCGCUUGUCACCCCACCUCCAGAAUAUAAUACCAUCGUUGGGGACGACCGAGAGGCCGUUCUCGAGGAUUACUUCUCCCGUUUAUCGUUUUACGAAGAAAACGAGGACGAUGACCGCGGUCGUGGCCGCGUCGAUGUACCCCUCACUCCGGGUGGACGCGUCAACCGCAGCAUGGACGUGCCCCGCGAAUGGGGUCCCUUGGUGUACUUCGGGACUUUUGAGACGGACUACGCCGAUUGGCUCAACAUAGUAAACAAAAAGCGGCUCUGCUACAUCCUCAACAACCACAUUCUUCAAUUCUCCGACAUAGAUUUAUCCAACAUACAGACUCCUCAAGCUGCCAAUAUGGCUGUUGAGGUCGUACCCCUUACUGAGGCAGAUAUCCCCGGUGCUAUUGAAGUAAUUCAGCAGGCAUUUGCAGACGAUCCAUAUUUCAAGUGGGCCUUCGAUUCAUCCAAGUUCAACAAGCAAAGAAAUUAUGAUUCCCUCGCAGCACGUUGCCAUUGGGGAAUUAAUAAUGCACUAUUCCACGUCGCAAAAGAAACGCAAGACACCGACUCCAAAUCUCACAGCACCCCACUAACCCCAACCCCAAUCCUCGGCGUCUCCUGCUGGCUAGCACCCCACUCGCCCACACAACCAGAGAGCUGGUACUCCUGGUUCCAAUCAUGGACCCUAUCCUUCAACCAGAUGCUCAACAAUAUCCGGUACUUUGGCCGCGGCGGGUUACGUACAAAUAGGUACUGGAUUUGGAAACAGCGACAGGCCGAGGCACAGGCUGCUAUCUGGGACGAUCCGCGCGGGUACUAUUUCUGUAAUAUCGUUGCUGUUAGCCCUGAGGCGCAGGGGAAGGGUAUUGGGAGGUUGUUGUUUGAGGCUGUUACGAAAAGGGCGGAUGAUGAGGGGGUCAAGUGUUAUCUUGAGAGCUCGAAGAGUGUGCCCAACGUGGCGAUCUAUGAGCGCAUGGGCUUUCACAUGAGUAAGGAGAUGGAGUGUCGGGAUGGGGUGGAUGCUUGCAUGUUGUACUGCAUGGUCCGGGAUCCGAGGAAGCAAUGA